UGUCGCCUCUUUUUUCUUUUUUCUUCGCCAUUGAUCGAUCUCUCUCUCUCACUCUCGAGUUGAUUAGGGUUAGGGUUUGCUUCGUUCUCUUCCUCGAACGGAGGAGAUUUGGGUGGAUUUCGAUAAGGAGUUAGUUAGGGUUCUUGCGCUAGAGAUCGUGAGAUCCUUGAUGGUUUUCAAGAUUUAAUCGAUGUAUUUUUUUGUUCUUUAAAUUUCCACUGAUCAAAGCUUUUGUGCGCAAUCCACGCUUGUGAUCGGUGAUCAGGUUUCUAUAUUGCUCGUACGAGAUUUCAGUCAAAGAGAUGGCAGUCCUAGAGGGAUCAGUGCUUUGUCGCCCUGCUGCUCCAAUUAAGUAUGCUGGAGUUCCUGCUGCACCAAUCAGCAGCCCAUUAGUGAAAGCUGGGAAUCUCAGAAGUGGAUUUUGGGGGAUGAAAACCAGAUGCAGUAGCAUAAGCAAAGCUUCUGUUCUUUCUUUUCAAACCUGUGGGACUAAAGGCCGGCCUACUCGUUGUAGUUUUAGUUCCUCUUCUGAUGGUAAUGGCAGCCGGGCUGGGAACUUCAGUGAAAAUGAUGAAGAAUAUGUGAAUUCCAGUGUGAUAGAAGCCGUUGAAGUGAGAAGUGGAUCGGACGGCUUCAUGAUUAAAAUGCGUGAUGGUAGACAUUUAAGAUGUGUUCACAAUAACCCCCAUGGUGGAAGCCUUCCAGACUAUGCUCCUCACCCUGCUAUUGUAUUAAAGAUGGAAGAUGGAAGUGAUCUUCUGCUCCCAAUCAUUGUUUUGGAGAUGCCGAGUGCUUUGUUGAUGGCUGCAGUUCGAAAUGUUCAAAUAGCAAGGCCUACUAUAUAUCAAGUUGUAAAGGAGAUGAUUGAGAAGAUGGGAUACAUGGUCCAGCUGGUUCGGGUGACAAAAAGAGUUCAUGAGGCGUACUUUGCUCAAUUGUACCUUGCUAAGGUUGGUGAUGAAAAGGAGAGCAUCAGCUUUGAUCUCCGGCCUUCUGAUGCCAUUAACAUGGCUGUACGGUGCAAGGUGCCGAUACAGGUCAAUAGGCAGCUUGCAUACAGUGAUGGGAUGAGAGUGGUAGAACCAUCCAAGGUUUUGGUCACUGCAAAUCAAUCUGACGGAAUGCUGUUUACUGAACUUGACAAGCCAAACGGCCAACCUUGCUCGGAGACCAAAGAGUUUGGAUUGGUCAAGAACAUGCUGAUUGCUGCUGUCGAGGAACGAUACAAAGAUGCUGCUCAAUGGAGAGACAAGCUUUUCCAGUUCAGAUCCAAGAGAAAGAACUGGACAUGACAGUGCUAGAAGGAAGAUGUACAUAAGACAAGCUGUCGAAAGGUACGCGCCAUGGUCAGAUGCGACGUUGUGUUUAUGAAAUGUAAAUAGCUACCGAACCUGUGUUCAUAUAUAAUCUAUCUGUGUAGUUAGACCAUGAUGGUGUCCUGAAUAGCAAAGCCUAGAUAUGUAAACGUUGCACCAUUGGACAACUUAUCUAGCUCCUACCUGAGACUCUUUAUUUCCUUGUGGUUAGUUGUCGAAUCAAUAUUUAUGGUCUUAAGCAAUUAGCUGUGAGCAAAUUAAGUAGCC